GUCGAGCGGCUCUCGCGUGGCCGACAAUUUUAAAUAAUGAAACUGAUUUAUUUAUUACUACUUCUCAUUACAUGCUAUACAGACGGGCUCAAUAUACUUGGAAUAUAUCCGUACCAGGGGAAGAGCCAUUUUUUCGUAUUCAGAGUUUACUUACGCGAAUUGGCUAAGCGGGGCCACAAUGUUACUAUUAUUUCACAUUUUCCCGAACAAGAUCCACCGGCAAACUACCACGACAUCAGUCUGGCGGGAACAAUCAAAAUAACGGAAGACAACCAAUCCGUUCGGAAUUCUUACUGGUCUGUAUUCAGUGCCGCUUUCUACCUCGCAAUUUCUGGUAAAGAAAACUGUCAAGUAAUGUUAGCUAAUAAACAAGUGCAAGAACUGAUCAAAAGUAAGCAAAAGUUUGAUGUGGUUGUUGUCGAACAGUUCAACAGUGAUUGUGCGUUAGGUGUAGCUUAUAAACUAGGUGCUCCAGCGAUCGGAAUGUCCUCACACAUACUAAUGCCUUAUCACUAUAAGAGAUUAGGCAUCCCCUACAACCCAUCAUACGUGCCCUUCCAUUUCCUGGAGGGGGGAACUAAGCCAUCUCUCUUUCACCGAGUCGAGAGAUUGUUUUUUGACUUCUUCUUUAGAACGUUUUAUUACUUUGUAAGCCAGCGGAGUGAUCAAAACACACUGGCUGAAUAUUUUGACGACAUCCCUCCGCUAGAAGAACUGGCUAGGAACAUGAAAUUUCAUCUAUUGUAUCACAACUUCAUUUUAACCGGGUCAAGGCUGUUCCCAUCCAAUGUGAUUGAAGUCGGCGGUUAUCACGUUAGCAACGCCAAUCCUUUAACUAAUGAUUUGAAAAAAUUCGUUGAUGAAGCUGAACAUGGAAUUAUAUUCAUAAGUUUUGGUUCUGUUAUCAAGAGCUCAACUAUGACAACGGAUAAAGUAGAAGCUAUUUUGGAAGUUAUGAAAAGAAUGCCGCAGAGAUUCAUAUGGAAAUGGGAAGACAAAUCAUUAAUAGUUGAUAAAAACAAGUUAUAUGUGUCUCAUUGGCUGCCGCAAGUUGAUAUUUUGGGACACCCGAAAACUUUGGCGUUUCUCUCACAUGCGGGAAUGGGUGGAAUUACCGAGGCCAUUCAUUUUGGAGUACCAGUAGUGGCCAUGCCUUUCUUGGGCGAUCAGCCUGCUAAUGCUGCGGACGUCGAAGAGAGCGGUCUAGGAAUUCAAUUGCAAUUCAGAGAUUUAACAACUGAGAGCUUAUUGAAUGCGUUCCAAACUGUUUUGAACACCACAUUCCGUGAGAAGGUGAAAAAAGUCUCGAAAGCAUGGCACGACCGACCAAUGCCCCCUUUAGAAACAGCAAUCUACUGGACCGAGUUUGUUGCCAGGAAUCCAGAUUUGAAUUUUAGAACGGCUGCAGCCGACACUCCUCUAUACCAAUAUAUUCUGCUUGAUGUAAUAGCAGUGCUAUUAACACCACUUAUUAUUAUAUUCGUCGCAUUGAAACGUACAAGAAAAUCUUCCGCGCCAAUUGUAAAAAAAACGAACGGUAAAAAGAAAUCAAAGAAAACUUGAAUUGCUUUCGAAAUACAUAUUUUAUUUUAAAUAAAAAUACAGGAUGUAAAAAGAAGGCGAGCAUACAGUGUACCGAAAAUAUUAAAUUUAUAGUAUAACACAAAGAACUGUAAUCAAAAUGCUUGCAACGCUGUAUCAAAGUAAUAUAAUUAACAAAAGAGUAAAUCUUCACUUUUAAUCCAAUCUACGACUCAUGAAAUAUAAUAAAAUAGGUACGUUAAAAGAAUAAUGAACAUUAUUAAAAGAAUUUAGUAGAGGUGACCUUCUACGAGUGCCUUGCAUGGCUAGCCAUCAGAAUCAUUGAUCACUCAAAGAUUGUUGAUCAAUCCUGAAUAAGAAUGUCGUUGUAACGAAUCAGGUACCCGAACUAAGGCCUGUGCCUAGUUGAAGACAACACCCGCACAUAGGCUUUAAUGAUGACGGUAAAUCGUAAAUAUUUUUCAUUAUACUCAUAUUGAAACAAACAUUGUGUAUUUAUCUUGCGGUAGGCAGCGGCUU